AUGAAGUUCAUUGCCCUCCUUUCAUUAUUUGCGUGUAUUGUACUUUCACUCCCAUUGUUUGAUAUUGCACCAGAGUGGUCACUCAACGCAUUUUCAUUGUUUAGUGGAAAUGAUCACCAGGAUCGUUUGCUUAAAUUGGGACCUAACGAAUACCGCCUCGCAUCAGAAGAAGACAAACUAGUCUUGAAGAAAGCGAACAAAAGAUUCAUUGAUAUGACCGAGCAAAUUCCUAUUGAUGUUGCUGUUGAGCAAGGUUUGGUGGCCAAACCUACUCAUUCCCUUUGGCAAAGCUUGUUCUUCAUGGGCUCCAAACAAGUUGAAGCAUUGAAAAAACCCAUUCCAGUUUAUAACUACCCCCAAAAAACCAAAUAUAACUCGGAAAUUAAAGGUUUAUAUAGCCUGAUUAAUAUUGAUGGGGUAUAUGAUAACUUAAGCAAUUUCACCUCGUUCUAUACUAGAUAUUACAAAACUAAGAGUGGAGCUGAAAGUGCUACCUGGUUGUACGAUCAGCUCUCCAACUUGAUUGCUCCCUUUAAAGAAAUCAAAAUAGAAAAGAUUUAUCAUAAAGGAUGGGAUCAAUUUUCAAUCAUUGUCUCUAUUCCCGGUGAAGUUAAGGAAAAGGUUGUUGUUGGUGCACAUCAAGAUUCUGCCAAUUUGAUUUUGCCCAACUUAAUGAGAGCCCCAGGUGCAGAUGAUGAUGGAUCAGGUACUGUGACCACUUUGGAGUCUUUGAGAGUCAUUCUUGAGGCGUACGGAAAGGGCACCUACAAGCCAUAUAAUACAUUGGAAUUCCAUUGGUACUCUGCCGAAGAGGGUGGCUUGUUAGGCUCCAUUGACGUGUUUUCGAGAUACUCUUCAGCCAAUGAAAUUGUCGUUGGUAUGUUGCAACAGGAUAUGACAGGAUACACCCAGGGUAGUAUUGAUGCUGGAGUUGAGCCUCAUUUCGGGUUGAUUGAGGACUACACUAGUGUUGACUUGAAUAAAUUCAUAAAGUUGAUCAUUGAAACAUACAAUUCCAUUCCUUACCAUUCAAGUGAAUGUGGAUACGCCUGUUCAGAUCAUGCUAGUGCUAUUGAAAAUGGAUAUCCAUCAUCAUUCCUCAUUGAGAGUGAAAUGAAGUAUUCCAACAAGUAUAUUCAUUCUGUCAUGGACACCAUUGAUAGAAUCGACUUUGAGCAUGUGAGAGAGCACAUCAAGUUGACCAUAGCAUUUGCGUAUGAAUUAAGUUUAGCUAAGAAAUUACACUAG